AUGCCUCCCCGCCCGGCCGACCAAGUGCGGCUGUCCUUGAUCGAAAAGGUCAAGCUGGUGCUGUUCUACGCCGUCGUCAUCACCAAGACGUGCGGUUCGGCUCUGACGGCUCCCUUUGCCGCGCCUGCGAACCGGUCGAAGGUGUACAAGCGGCACGUUGCAUACUCCUUAGUCCGGCAUCUGUUCACGAACAGCAAUACCAGGAUCGACCAGGCCAUCACCGAGGACACGGACUCGGUCUACUACCAAUGGGCGAAGAAGCACAAGGUCGCCACGGCCCGGGAAGUGCUUCCUGACGGCACUGAGGCCUUCUGGAUCGGCUCCAAGGACGCGAAGACGGUGCUGCUCUUCUUCCACGGCGGCGGCUUCAACCUCCCCGCGCUCCCCGCACACAUCAACUUCGCCGCCCGGCUAGUCGACGAGCUCAACCCCCCCUCGCCCUCGUCCUCGUCCUCGGCCAACUUCGCCGUCCUCUUCCUCCAAUACGACUUCGGCCCCUGGGGCCACUACCCGCGGCAGCUGGCGCAAGCCGCGGCGCUGUACAAGCACGUCGUCGAGGACCUGCGCAUCCCGAACAUCCUGAUCGGCGGCGACAGCGCCGGCGGCAACAUCUCGAUCAGCCUGCUGAGCCACCUGCUGCACCCGCACCCGGACGCGUCCGUUCCGAGGAUCGAUGUUCGGAGCGUGCGGGCGCUCAAGGGCGCGCUGCUGAUCUCGCCGUGGGCGGAUCCGUUCGGCACGGAGGAGGAGUAUCCGUCGUUGAAAAGGAAUGAGUUCAAGGAUUUGCUGCAUGCGCGGUUCUUGAAGCGGUGGGCGGAUGGGUGGGUUGAUGGGAAGCCGUUGGAUGCGUAUAAUCGGCCGACGCAGGCGCCGAAGGGGUGGUGGGCGGGGGUGGAUAAGGUGCUUGAGCGGUUUUUGUUGGUGGUGGGGGCGGACGAUGUGUUGGUUGAUGGGGCGUUGAAGUUUGCGGAGACGUUUAGGAAGGAGUGGAGGGAUGAGCGGGAUGCGACGGUGGUGGUGUUUGAGGAUGAGGGUCACAUUUCCGGGGUCAUGGAUCCGGAUAUGGGGUUUAAGCCGGAGGAGGUGCGCAUGUGGGUGCAGAUUCGGGAUUGGAUGAAGGGUGUUGUGGGCGUGUCGGAUGGUCAGUAG